UCACUUAACCAAAAGGUUAAGGUUAACGCAGAGUGGGCUUACUCCCAAAUAAAAUAAAAAUAAAAUCCACUUUAUAACCUCCGCCUCUCUCUCUCUUUUUCUUUCUCUAGCUCUCAGUCCAAACGAACGGUUGUGUGUCAAAGACAGCAAGCAAUAGAGUUUCAGAGACGAGAAAAGGCAAAGGAACACGCAGAGAACACUGUCAAAUGGAUUUGCGUUUCCACGAAAGAGAAAGCAGCGUUUGGCAGAAAUGCUCAAGACACGACUUAUCUAACCGCCGUUUCGUCUGCGGUGGAGGCGGCGUUUGUCCUUACUGCCUCCACGAACGUCUCUCCUCACUCUGCCCCGACUGCGCCCGCGAUCUCCCUUGUUCCUGUACCCCACGCGCCUCCCUCGACGUUGAUGUUCCCUUCACCGGCAUCGGUUCCGUUGGCCGCGUUUCCAGCCUUAUCGAAUGCGAGCCGGCGUUUAGGAGAUCCACAUCCAUGUCUGUUCCGUUUCUCUGGUCUUCUAAACCGGAACCGGUUGAGAAAACCGGGUCGAACGUCGAACCGGGUCGUGGACGUUCGCUCUGGAGACUGUUCAGAGGAGAGAGUAAAAGCAAGACUGCUAAAGUGAUGAGGAAGUCGAGAUCGGUUGCAGUCUCCGACGCAGGAGAACUGCUAUCUUUGCCGGUGACGAGCAAGGGAAGUGGUUGGUACUUUCCAAGCCCGAUCAAGGUUUUCAGACAGUCAAGAAUCUUGUUUCAACAAAGAUCUCCUUUGUACAGAGGUUGAACUCUAGCUUUUCGUCAGUUUGUGCCUUUUUUAUUUAUUUGCUAAAUGCUUUUUUAUUUUGUUGAUUAAUAGUUUUAUUAAUAUGUUUCAUAAUGAAGAUGUUGAUUUUAU